AUGCUAUCUUCUCUCAUCUUCCUUGAUAUCUCGUUCAAUAUGCUGAAAUCUUCAGUGAUAUUUCAUUGGCUUUUCAAUUUCACCAUCAAUCUUCAUAGGCUUCACCUGUCAAAUAACAUGUUGCAAGGUCCCAUUCCUAAUCAUUUUGGCAACAGAUUGAACUCUCUUAAAUAUCCGGAUCUCUCUUAUAACCAACUGCAAGGCGACAUUCAAACAUCCUUCGGGAACAUAAGCACAUUGCAAUUUCUAUCACUUUCUGAAAAUGAAUUAUAUGGGAAAAUACCUAAAAGUAUUGGCUUGCUAUCUAUGUUGGAGCGUCUCAUCUUAAACAAGAACUCCUUGGAGGGUGAAAUCGAUGAAUCACAUUUUGCUAGCUUGUCCAAUUUAAAAAGGGAUCGUUGA